CCAUAAUCCCACGGGGUGGGCGGAGCGAGGUAGCGCAGAGAACCAUUGGCGGGCCGGAAGUGAGGCAGUUAUACCCGCCCCUGGGAUUAUCCCCUCAGAACUACAUAUCCCAUAAUCCCACGGGGUGGGCGGAGCGAGGUAGCGCAGAGGACCAAUGGCGGGCCGGAAGUGAGGUAGCGCAGAGGCUGAAUGGCGGGCCGGAAGUGAGGCAGUUGCCAAGGAGACGGGACGCGGAGAGCGCGAUGGUUCCGGUACUGACGGUUCUGCUGGUUUGGGCCGGGGGGGUUCGGGCUUUGACAGGGGUCGGUGUUUGUACCUGUGACCUUUCCCCUGGACUCUGUGAUCUGAACUGCUGCUGUGACCCCGACUGUUCCCUCAGUGACCCCACAACUGUCUUCUCCUUCUGCCUCCCGGGGAGCACCAAGGUGCAGAGGUGGGCGUGCCUCUCCAGCUGGCUCAUGUUCCGUAGCAACGCCCCGUAUCCAACCACAAAUAUUGCCCCUGUUACUCCUGGAUCCCCCAAUCUCUUCUGUGUCCUGCCAAGUGACUCAUCACUGAAUUACUUUAUUGCCCCACGGACAGUCAGUUUGGGGGAUUUCUCAGCCCUAAGUGCCCGGUAUAGUGGCGCCUCCUUCUCUCCUGCCCCUGAGAGUAACCCCGCUGUUCCUGCCUCCUAUAAGGCUGGGGACCCCAUCUUCACCAUCUCCCCAGGGGGGACAUUGGGGCAACUAAGGCAGCCGGCAGCAGUGGGAGAUUCAAGCGUCUGUUCCUUCAGCAACCCUGCAAGGUUCCUAGCGAGUGGCACCACCUCCUGCCUCCGAGUCAUAAACAGCGUCAGUGGGAGCUGCCAGGCAGACCCUACUCUGGGCACCCAGUACUACUAUAGGAACAUCAGCGUCAUUGGGGCCAAUCCAACUGGAACGGUAAUCACAAGCCAAAGUGUCCCCAUAAUCAGUUUGGUGACAGACACCCCAAUACUGCAGGGGGGCAGUUGUAACAAUGUUGUGUCCCAGGUGAGUUACACGGUGCGGUACAAUGGCACAGCUGGCAUAGUGAGUGUAGCAGCCAGUUUCACCCUUGUCAAUAUAAGUGGCACCAGUGUAUCAUUGGUUCAGAGCUUCGGGGUCCUGUAUGAGUCCGUCUCUUCUGUGGCCCCCGGGACUGUGCGAAGUGGGAACCCCGGAUACCUUGUGGGACUCCCUGUCCUGAGCGACGCUGGCCCCCUGUUGGUGCCCCGCUCAGUGGGAGGUUCCUGCACCAGUGGCCCCGUGGGAUUCGGUGAGAAUACGCUGAGUGCUUGUGCCAUCAGGGGCACGGGGGCAGAAACGUGUGGGGAUCUGGCUACCAGGGCCUACAGCACGCUGCUCGGUGGCAAGUUACCCCAGGCCGUGGCUACCGUUGGAAAUACAGUGGCAACCCAGAGCGGGCAGUGGGUGCCCAUCAUCUAUCAGAACUGCAGCAACCAGCCCCCAGGAAACUGCACCAGCUGCCCCGUGCCAGUCUCACUCGCCAUCCAUAUCCUGUGGGCUAAUGUGGGGCAACUCUCCAACCCGCAGGCUCAAGUGCUGGGCGCCCGAUUCCAGUACCGCUGCCAACUGGUCCAGUGCCAGGAUGCCACCAUUCUGCAAACCCAAGUCACCUUUACUGACCUGACUCAGCGCGGCCCCCCCCCUCGCUCCUGUGCCACCGGGCCAGUUGCCCCUGGGCUCUUACACCAAUGGACUUCUGGGACCCUCCUGCCCCUGGCAUGGGUACUUCUGGGGUAUAUGCUGCAUCUAUGGGAUGGGUGAUGCCGUGUGAAAUGAAAGGACAUUGGUCCCAUCUGGAAGAGUGGGCCGGCGCAAGGGGUGGGAAAGGGGCGUGGCCAGGCUGAGCCCCCACAGUUCUGUAUAAAGACUGAGAUAUUUUUCACACAAUAAAUGAGAUAUUUUUGUACUUAAUAAAUCCCCUAAGAAAUGUGA